AAGCUGUAUCUAAAGUGGUAUUGUGAUAUUGUACACGCGAUUUUCGAUUGAGAAAAUAAACUGACCAUGGCUAUUGGCUAAGACAAUAAUGUAUACCUGCGAUCGAUGUAUAGUAACGUGAAAUAUUGGUUUGAAUUCUCAGUCAUCUAAACAAGGUGAUCAUUUCGUGACUACCGAUUAUUAGAAUAAGACAAAUAUUUAACUGAUUGAUCUGUGCGACCACUUUAAAUUUGGUUAUCUGGUUAGAGUGUUAAUAAAUCAGAAAAAGGCCGUAGAUAGAAAUUGAACGAUCUGAUAUUCGUACAACGACAAAAAUGUUUAUUAAAUUGAUAUUUGCUGUGACGGUGAUUGCAUCUACAAUGGCCAGUUAUCAAAGUCACGAAAAUUCCCCCAUACAAAUCAUUUCGAUUCGACCAUCGACUGGUGCACGUAUGCUGCCCACACGACGCGAUGGUAGAUACAAUAAAAACAUAAACAAUAGCAUGCAACGCGAACGAUAUGAUGGACCAACGAGUCCCAUAAUCAAAAUCGUACAAAUCCAACGGAAUCCAAAGCAAACAAAGUAUCAGCGACAAUUUCAACUGGGAUUGGAUAAUGGACACGGUUUGCCAUUGCAUAUCGCUCCAGGUGCUUAUCCUGUUUUUACAAUAAUUGCCAGAGCAAACGGCCUAUUUAACGGGAACGAAAUACGUUCGUUUAAAUUAAAACAGUUUUAACAUGCUUGCAUUGCAUAUAUAUGCAUGUCUGGUUUGUGUUAUUUGCUGUUGUGUUGUUGCUGUUGUUUUUUUUUACUGGAACAUUUUGAUGAUGCUAUAAAAUGCCUGAUGAUAUGCCUGGAAUGAAGCUGUUAAUUUUGAUUAACAGUUCUCAUUAAAUUGUGAUUUUUGUGCCUAUUUUUUUUUUGUAAAAAAAAGUGAAUAAAAUGUGAAGCUAACGAAA